AGAGAGAGGGAGGAGAGCUAAUCAGCUAACAGUUGGAGGAAGGGUUUUGCAGGUGGUGGAGGUUUAGUGUUAAUUUAUGGAUUUAAUUUAUCAUUCUUCUCUGUGAAUUGAGUUCCUCUGAUGAAUGCGUUUACGUUUUCACUAUUAUCCAGCUCAGCUGAUUGGAGUGUGGAUGCUAUUAAUGGAUUGAUUGAAUUUUAAUUCGAUUGUUUACGUCUAUGGAAUUGUGGAAUUGAACAUAAUCUGCAAACGUCCUAUAUUGCUGAAUGCGUUUGUUCUGUGCAAUUUAACCAUUUCUUCUGCAUUUUACUUGAACGGUUGUGCUUUUAGGUGCAUUGUGUUUUUUCAUGAAUGACUCAGUUUUAUGCUUGUGUGUGUGUGUGUUUUUUCUCUGUUGGUGAGAGUAUGUAUAUAGAUAUACAUCUGUUUUGUUGAUUAUUGUAUCGAUUUUUGUCAAUUCAGAUUUGCUUGAAAAUAGGGAGGAUAUUAACUCUGUAAUGAUCAGUUUGUUUCAUGCGCGUUGCUCAACAAUACUAUCAAGGGCUGGCAAUCUUGUUUUGCAUAGCCAUUCUUGCGUAUUUCUCGAUCCUUCAUGGAAAGCAGGCUUCCGAAUUUCGGGUGUUAGGACAGUGAACUUGGGAUUUCUUUUGACAAGAAGUCGAGUUCGGUGCUACGCUUCAAAAAAACCUGGUGGAGCUAGCUCUCGUCGAAAAGGUGAUCCUAAACAACUUGUGAUGGACAAGGAAGAGUUUUUUGUUGUCCGUAAAGGUGACUUUGUUGGUGUUUACAGAAGCUUGAGCGAUUGUCAGGCUCAAGCUGGAACCUCGAUUUGUGACCCUCCAGUCAGUGUGUAUAAAGGCUGUUCCAUGCCUAAGGAUACAGAGAACUAUCUCCGAAUUCAUGGUCUAAAAAAUGCUCUGUACUCUAUCCGAGCUUCGGAUCUCACUGAUGAUCUGUUUGGAACUCUUGUGGCAUGCCCUUUUCAGCCUUCUUCUAGAGAAGGUGAAGCGCCUUGCCAGCCAGCAAAAAAGAAGUUGGACAAAGAUUCACAUUCAAAUUAUGGGAGUGAAGUUUAGUAUGCACAAAAAUUGGAUGAGGAUGAGGGUAGAUUUCCUAGUAUUUCCUUUUUUGGACUCACACACUAGUGCAAAAUUGCACGUAGGAGAUUAUUUCCUCUCGAACUGUGACUCUUUCCAAAUCCAA